UACGAUGUAAUUGGUACAUAUGUAUUGUCUAGUAAAAAUGUGUAUAUAUUUAAUCCAGAGGCAUAUACUGACCUAACAUUAGUGAGUAAGCUCAGACAGAAACAGAAAUAUGCCGUUUCAAGAGCACACGACACCAAACUCCGUUAAAAAAAUAAAAAAAAAUAAUUAAUUACACCAUGUUAAUCAGUGUGCAGCACAAUAACAGAGUUCAUUAGAUUACAAAUACAUACAUUUCUAGUUUCAAUUAGAGGUGCCCUUCAAUUCGGCAAAAAUAGAAUAAACAAACGUUCCUCACUGUAAAGUCUUGCCUGUAGGAUUAAUACACACGUUGUUCAUCAAGGUGUAAUUUGGUUGAGACGCCAUACCUGUACUGAGAGUGAUAAUAGACCCAGCUGAUGCUAAACUGACGACCAGUUAAAGAGGGUCAAAGGUCAGAAUGGGUCGCUCCUCCAAAGACAAGCGGGACAUUUACUACCGUCUGGCCAAAGAGGAGGGCUGGAGAGCGAGGAGCGCCUUCAAGCUGCUGCAGCUCGACCACGAGUUCAACCUGUUCACAGGUGUGAACAGAGCAGUGGAUCUGUGUGCAGCUCCUGGCAGCUGGAGUCAGGUCCUGAGUCGGAAACUCAGAGGGCGGGAGGAGAAGGGUGAGGAGGUGAAGAUCGUGGCAGUGGACCUGCAGGCCAUGGCUCCUCUGCCAGGAGUCACUCAGAUCCAGGGAGACAUCACCAAGGUGUCGACAGCGCAGGAGAUAGUCCGUCACUUUGAGGGGCAGCCGGCUGACCUGGUGGUGUGUGACGGAGCUCCAGAUGUAACCGGGCUCCAUGAUGUGGAUGAGUACAUCCAGGCUCAGCUCCUAUUGGCUGCUCUGAACAUCACGACUCACGUCCUGAAGCCUGGAGGGACGUUUGUGGCCAAGAUCUUCAGAGGUAAAGAUGUGACUCUGCUGUACUCUCAGCUGAAGAUCUUCUUCAGUGGUGUGACCUGCGCCAAGCCUCGCAGCAGCAGGAACUCCAGCAUCGAGGCCUUCGUGGUGUGUCAGAAUUACUCCCCACCUGAAGGGUACACCCCCAACAUGUCCAACCCUCUGCUGGAUCAUUCCUACGAUGUGGACUUUAACCAGUUAGAGGGUCCAAACCGCGUCAUCGUUCCCUUCCUGGCGUGCGGUGAUCUGAGCGCCUUCGACUCAGACAGAACUUACCCUCUGCAGCUGGAUGCUGGCAAACAGUAUCAGUACACGCCCCCCACCCAGCUGCCCAUACGCCCUCCCUACCAGCAGGCCUGCCACCUCCGCAAAAACAACCUGCUGUCCAGAGAGGAUGCACCGUCCCCCAGUCCCAACCAGAGACAAGACGAGCCACAGAGCGAGUCCACCUGAGCCGUCUUACUGCCGCUGAUUGAAUAAGAAGAACCAGCAGGAGACAGAAGAGAGUCAUCGUUAAAGAAACAGUCUGGAAUUUGUUGGUCUGAAGAUGGAUAUUCGUUUCAUUUCUGUGCGUCUAGUGCAGAGAUGGGACCAGGACUCUGUUUUUAGCUCAGCCCAGUUUCCUCCUGUCCCGUCUUUGUGCUAAGCUAGGCUAAACAUGCUCGGAACCUGACGCUGUACUGGAUGUUUUUCCAAUCGGAGGAGUAUGUUUUAUUGUUUUGCCUGAUUUUAUGUGGAAUAUUUUGUGACAGAUCCUUCAUCCACCAUGCUGAGGAAAUCCAAACACAUUUAUUUUUUAAAAAUUAAACUAAUUUCCUGGAGGCAAACCGGCAUCGUGGUUUACAUGAAUUGUAUUUUAGUGGACGGCCAACUCUGCAGGAAGUUGCCUCUACUUUGCUUUAAAGUGACUUAUUCAAAGAGUAUGAACUGGGUGGUCUUCAAAUAAGGUCUUCUAGUGAGACUCAAAGCAUUAAAGGUCACUUUAUACUCUGUGUUCCUAUAUUUCUUAAAACAAUAUAACUUCAACAAACAACCAUAAAAAGUCUUGACAGGUAUUGAACAGUGCUCAUAGCUGGUUUAGUAAAGACUGACAAGUUAAUUAUUGUGUUAUCAGAAAUAACAGAACAUCUGAUCAGUGGCUGUAGAUGUAAAACUGUUAAAGAUGUUGCAGCACUUACAGGAAGGACACUCAGUUUUAGCAGGGAGAACUCCCCCCACAGCCCAGUGUCAAUAAAAGCACUAGUGUAGUGAUAUUCUGUUUUUCUUUUUUUUGUCAGCAAAUCCCACACAGACCUCAUCCAAUUUAUGUGUAUAUCCAAAUCCUGUUAAAUCUUAUUUCUCUAGGCCAUAGAGCUCCAUUAUUGUACAAAGGCUAUUAAAAA